AUGAAUAAUCUUGAAUGUGAUCCUGAUAAAGGAUGUUGGCUUUUGAGUAAUUGUGUGAAAGAUGAAUUAAGUUAUACUUGUGUCCAUGAUCCAAUAUUGGAAUUAACUCCAUAUACAGGAUUUGUUUAUUUCUUAAUACCAAUAUUAUUGGGUACCAGCAUUUUAGGUGGUUUAGGAAGUGGUAUGAUUAAAAGACCAAUAUUAAAUCUACUAUUAAAUUAUCCUUCAAACAUUUCAACACAAAUAGCAUAUUGUUUUCAAUUCACAACAGCAUCAUUGAAUUUAUUAUUUUUAUUUUUUGAAAAGUAAUGACAUAUCCAAUUUUUUAGGCAUCCUGAUCAUUUAAAUUUACCUUUAAUAAAUUUUGAUAUAAGCAUAAUAUUGAAUUAAACUAUUCCAUUAGCAUGGAGUGCAGGAGCAUUUCUAUCAUAAAUAUCACCACAAUUUAUAAUAUAUCUAAUCUAAUUGUGUUUUUUAUUAGGAGCAUUACCUUUUUUUUGGAAAUUUAGUAAUAAUUUAAAUUGUAUAUUUAGAACAUACUUAAAAAAGACUUGAAUAAGAUAAAAGAGAAAAUAUUGUAUUAGUUGAUUAAAAAAUUAAAACUAAAGAAGAAAUGUCAAUUGAAACUAAUUUCGAUGAAAAAUAGCUAAAUUAGUAUCAAUAAUUCUAUUUAAAUGAUCACAAGAAAUUCUAAAUAAAAAAUUUAUGUUUCAUUUUAGGAUCCUUUUUUAUAAAUUAAACAAUUAUUUUGAUGAGAUCAAAUAAAUAUAAUAAUUCAAUUAUAGGAUUAAAUAAAUGUACUCUUGAAAAUAACAUGAUUUUAUUUGCAAUAGUAGGUGUCAAUAUUGCUUAUUCACUAAUAGUAUAUUGGAAUAAAAGAAAUGAGGAAUAUCAUAAAGAUAUUGUGUAAUAUAGACCAAAUUAGAGAAUCUUCAAAUAGAAAAAAUUAUUUUUAUUUUAUUAUUUAGGAGGCUUUUUAGCUGGAUUUAGCACAGGUUUUCUAGGUAUGGGUGGAGGGAUAAUUAUUGUUACAUUUUUAUUAUCUUAAAAAAUAAUUGCUAGAGAAGCUGCUGCUACUGCUGCUUUCGGAUCAUUUAUGAUUUCUAUAAAUAGUUUGUUCUUAUUCAUUUUGUAAAAAUCUAUAAGUGACACAUAAAUGAUUGUGUUUAUCAUUUUUGGAGUAUAACAUUAUUUAUUAAUUUUAUAGAUUUUAGGAGUUAUCAUUAUUACAAAGCCUUCAUAUAUUUUAAUGAACAAGUUUAGGAUCGGAUAUAUCAUUUUAAUUGUAGAUAUAAUUUAAGUUUCUAUCAAUGUAUUUUCAAUUUUAGCCUUAAUUGUAGUCAAUUCAACAUUGUAUGGAUUUAAUGUAAUGUUAGAUCGCGAUCCUAAUUGUUGA